UAUAAUUUUACUUUUUUUUGCUUAUUUAUUAGCUUUAAUUUUAAAUAAAAUUUUAAAAUUAUAAAUUAGUCAAUGUACUAAGACCCUUUCACUAGGUUUGUUCGUGUCACAUGCCCCGACAUGCUCGUAUUCACCCUCAACGUACUCCAAUACGUUAAUUCCGAUGACGCCAGUCUAUUAGAGUGCGUUGAAGUGAGUUGGAGCAUAUUGGCCGACGCGAACAAACCAACUAUUUCUGGUCGACACAGCUCUAUGAUUGGUCAACGCAGCUAUAUACCGUAGAAAAUUAAAUUCGUCGCGCGCGACGGAUUUGCGAAUGCGUGCGCGUUGCGUGCUUCUUCUUAAAUCUCCCCAAGUGGAUAUCCGAUCCAAUCAGCGUGCGAGAAACGUCAUCUUGCGUGUGCGUCUGCGAAUUGCGUCUGACGUAUUGCGACCUCUGUAGACGGGCCUUGAAACAAGGCUGCGGACCUGCUCGGAGUGUCACCCCCUAGCCAGCUAAUUAAAGGUCGGCGACCUUUUUUGCGACAUGCAGGUAACAUGAAUCUCCGCAGCGUUUGUGAUCCCCUUUCCGCUGUAUUGUCUCUUAACGACACUAUGUCAGUUGGCCUGAUGUCUCUUAGCAAAUCCGGCGUUGGAAAAAGUGAAAAUAAUUCGAGUGGGGAUGACGAUCAUCGAGGAAAAUUCGGCGGUCAACGCGAUCAGUCGUUCAGCUGCGCUACCUGAGAACGGACGCGAGUGAGAAUACAGACAAGUGCCUUCGAGGUCGGAUUGAGGCCGAAUGGAAGCGCUGGACCAGGGCUUCGACACCUUCGGCACGGCCGGCAUGAUGGACGGCACGAACGCGUGGUUGCCGCGCAUCGUGGACAACGCCACGUACAGCACCAUUGUCGACGCGGAAGUGUCGAGAUUCCCGAAGCCUUUGAGGAUCUUCGCCGCAGUGAUGGCGAUCGCCAUUAUGAUUAUUGGUCUAGCCGGUAAUCUAUUGACUAUCGUUGCUUUAUGUAAAUAUCCCAAAGUUCGCAACGUUGCGGCGGCCUUUAUCAUAAGCUUGUGCAUCGCGGACUUCGUAUUCUGUCUGCUGGUGCUGCCGUUCGAUUCCAUCAGGUUCAUCAACGCCAGCUGGGCGGACGUACGAUUCCUCUGCGUUUUCGUGCCCUUUUUGCGGUACGGCAAUGUCGGCGUCAGUCUCCUGUCUGUCGCGGCAAUCACUAUCAAUAGAUAUAUUAUGAUAGCACACCACGCUAUUUAUAGUAGGGUUUACACGAAAUACUGGAUAGCCACAAUGAUAGUCUUCUGCUGGCUAUUCUCUUACGGGAUGCAAAUACCUACGCUAGCGGGAGUGUGGGGUAGAUUCGACUACGAUCCCAAUCUGGAGACUUGCUCCAUCGUCAAGGACCGUCAUGGCCGCACUUCCAAGACAUUCCUCUUCAUUAUGGGGUUCCUGAUACCUUGCGUGGUGAUCGUCGGCUGUUACGCCAAGAUAUUCUGGGUGGUGCACAAGUCAGAAUCGCGAAUGCGAAAGCACGCUGCACCCACGAUAAAGUCACCUCACACGCCCGGGAGGGAUAUCAGAGAGCUCAAGCAGAAACGCAGUGAAUGGAGGAUCACGAAAAUGGUGUUGGCCAUCUUUCUCAGUUUCCUCGCGUGCUACUUACCGAUCACCAUCGUCAAGGUGGCCGACGCGGAAGUCAGGUGUCCUGAGUGUCACAUUCUGGGAUAUCUGCUGCUGUACUUCGCGUCGUGCGUGAACCCGAUCAUCUACGUGAUCAUGAACAAGCAGUACAGACAGGCGUACGCCGGCGUGAUCGGCUGCUCGUGGAUAAGGGCGGGCCUUACGCCGUACGGUAGCAGCGCGCCGGGUGGUGCCGGCGGCUUUCAGGCUCAUCAGCAUGACUACGCCCAAGACUACUCGAAGGACUUCAGCAAGACGAUGGUGUCGACCGUCUCUAUCGCUAUGAAUCCCGUGAGAGGCUCGCAAACUCAAGAGGAGCUGUGAGGCCGACAUCGGGAAAAAUCGAAAAGAGAAAGGACAUCUCCGGUUACAAGAAGAGAAGAAAUGAAAGAAGAAGAAGAAGAGAAAGAAGAAAUUGCUCUUGAUAACAGUGCAACAGUUAUCGAAUUAGUUGGCAUAAUUUUUUACUUUGUCUAAUAGAAAAAUAAAGUAUUUUAUAAAUUAUUUCUCCGUUAAAAAGCAAAAUAAUAAUUUCACGUAUGUAAUUUCCGAGACAUUCCUUUUUCAUUUGUGGACAGAAUUAGACAAAAGACAUUAGACAAAAAGUUAUAUUCUCCGUCUGAUAAUAACUUCUACCAAAGAUUGUUAUGUGUCAUUGUAUUUUAUAAUAAAAUACAAACUUCGCAUUGUUUUUUAUUUAUAUGUAAUAACAAUUAAAGAUAGACUGUUGUAGUAAUUAGAUUAAACAUUAUAUUCAUAAAAA